AUGUCUGAGAGAAUUGUGUCUUAUGCAGAAACUAUUGUCAACGUACACGAGACCGUACAAAGGUAAAACAGCUGUGUCCAAAACAACAACGUCUACUCUUAUGAAGUUCAAAUUCUUAAGUGCAUGUGUCUCGACAUCAUGAUGAAAACAUCUCGAAAGCUGUAUGCUAUAUAGAACGUAUAUGAAGUGUUUAGGCAGGAAUAUACGCCUUUGAAAUUUGCGACCUCAUGGGAAGAUUGGACAAACCGGAGAGGCAUAAAGGAGUGCCGGCCAAGUGUAUUAUGCAACAAUCCAGACAACGUUUCAGCGGCUCAGACUUUAUCGAACCUUAAUUAACAUUGCCCACAACGACAUUUAUUCGCCGAACUAUUUCACUGUAUCAUUCUGAUCCUAUACUUAGAAGGAAUUUUUCUCAUGGACUAUGUCUUAUGAGAAAAUUUACACGUCACAUGAAUUAACAUUGAUUGGAAAAGAGUAAUUUAUGAAACUUUGCAACGAAAAAGGCUGUUGACAAUACCCAGUAUUCUAAUUGUACAUUAGAAGGACAAUUCCUGACGAACUACGAGAACAAUGGAUAGAAUUUAAGAACAAUUAAUCUAUUGACUAAAUAGUAUUGCCAAUUUAAGCUUCGGCAGAGAACGAGCUGAAAGCCUGAAACACUUGAGCCCCGGAUCAAACAAGAAAUUGGCCAGUCACGCGAUCUUGCAUGGUUAGCUGUUCUGAAUGUUUUCCCAACACUAUAUCAUGUAUUUUAUUUUAUUUAAGUUAAACGUAUAGUUGAAACACUCGAGUUGAAAAUAUCAAACCGUUAUUAGUGUUAAUCUCAGAGCUUCAAAUGUCGCCUGCAACACAGAUUCGUGACUGCCAAACCUCAUCUCAAUUACUCUCAUUCUCUUUCGACAGGGGUUGUGAAGUGCCGGGAAGUGAGUCAUGCACUUUAUUGAAGCACAAGGGUGGCCAUCCAGAAGGGCCCUGCAUAAACCAGGUUUACGAAAAGAAUACCUUGCCAAAUAUAGGCCUAUAUAUGGGGUUCUCCAGGGAACAAAACACCUAUAUUGAUAAUCAAUUAGGGAUAAACAUCUCCCACGGAUCGUGAAAUCAAUAUCACAAGAAUCAGUCUUGUGCGUCACUCGAGAGAAUAUUGCAAGUGUGACUUGUAUAUAUUGAGAAUAAUACUGAUUUCUGAGAAAAUUGCCCCCAGCAUAUAGGCAAUUGUGAAAUCAAAAUUACUAGAAUUCUUACGAGUUUUACUCGACAUGUCACGCGCGAAGGAUAUUUUUGAAAAAGAAAAACAACUCCAUGUUACUAAAACUGGCUAGAAAGAUUCAUGUAUUAUUUCUUGGAAUAAAUAACAUUACAAUUGUAACAAAAGAUAAAGGUAGAGAAUCAGUUGUACAUUGACGUUGGUUGAUAUUUGUUUACUUUAGAAUCCAUUCACGAGACUAGUAUACGAAACCACGUUUUAAUACUUUAACUAAUCGCAUACGUCUUAAAAAGUUAAAAAAUAACUAUAACAUGCUGAUCUAAUCUAUUUUAGACUGCUAUAAGCUUUAUCAACCCACUCGACAGUCAAGUUUACCCACGGUCUGUGGGAAAAGGGUCUAAUUGCGAUAUUUUAUACUAAAAGCUACGAAACAGAUUAUACACACUAUACCUACAUGCAAGUUUAAAUACAAGACUAUCCAAGGCUUCGGCAUUAUUAUAUUUUAUCAUAUCUCAGACUCAGAUAAUAACUGAGUAGUAAGGCUUUUAUUAAGUUCAUCACGAACAGUGUGAAUUUAACAUUUUUAAUUCUACGUUUCGACCAAAUAAAUGCUUAGUCAUCAUGAUGAUGAGGGAUUACUUUAUAAAGAAUUUUCAACUCAUUAAUGUCUUUCAUAAAUACAAGUGGAAACAAGCAGACGCUACUUAAUAUAUAUUAUUUAAGUUAUGUCAAAACCAGUUUUAAAGACUGUAAAUUUCAGCUUUAUUUCAAAGUCAUCCAUAUGGCUUACGUAAGUAACUUUAUCAAAAAAAUUUGUAUUACCUAUUGUUUCUCAUUACAAGUCGAAACAAGAAGACGCUACUUAAUAUAUAUUAUUUAAGUUAUGUCAAAACGUCACGCAUGAGAAUUUAUUUUAGCCUAAAUUUAAUCUCGGUGUCGCGACAUCGUUUUCCUCAUCAAAUGCAAUACGUAAUCUUCUAAAGCGCUUUUUAAUCCUUUUUGAAAUCGGGAAUAAACAGUAUAAGCGAAGCGAGAUGGUUGUCUACCGAGUACCGUAUAUAAAUUUGCUGCUCUUGAGCUAAAGGUGCUUAGACGAAUUCCGUGCAGCGAUAAUCGAGCGAGGCUUACAUUUUCAUAUUUCAAUUUGAGCACAGAUGAACGGCGGUUGUUAUCUAAAACAUACAAAAUUCUUUCAACCAAUCGUGUGUAAUAUUGAAGAAAUGUUUGUGUCUAGAUACUAUUCAAAUAAAUCAAGCACCCUGCUGUGUUGUCUAGACAGUCAUGUGAUCUUGAUUACCCAAUCAGGUGUUCGCGUUUAAAAUAUUCCAACCAGCCAGCUAUCAAUAAGAGGAAAACAGGCUUUUCAUUUAAUUUCAUACUAGAGUCUAGACAACCGAGCUGUCGAAACGCUGCUUGCUUGUACUCAAAGAAAACGUGGCUAUCUCGCCUUCUAUUCAACUAAACGACAUCCCACUUUGGUUCUGAACCACUGUGAGAGCAUUAAAUCUGUUCAUGUUCAGACUACAGCGAAGAUAUUUAGUUCAAAAAAUUUGGAGCGCCAGAGAAAUCUGUAUUGGCGAUCAAGUAUCCGCGAAAGCAUUUGGAUUCCUAAAGGAGGCUGUUCACAAUUUCCUCGGUGGUUUAGACUUGACGUCGCUGCGUCGUUUGGCCAAGAUAGUCAGCGAAAAGGAUUCAGACGCUUGCCUAAGUGUCAACCACCUCAACCCGGCUGAAUUUUGUAUACAAAAGCAACGAUAUUUAAUCUCGCGAGUCUGGCGUUGGCCCGACUUGAAAGACGGCAGCGAGUUGAAGCACAUCGAGGACAGUAGCGGCGAGGAGGGUGAAGCUGGGAUGGGUGACUGCCUGUGUGUGAACCCGUUUCAUUUCUCGAGGAUAAGCAAACGCGGUAAGUGUAUAUGUAACGUGUUUAUUGCCCGAGCUUUGUGUCUCCGCACACCGCCGAGACAAAGCAAUCCAAAAGCAAUGUUUCAAAAUAAUACUUUGCAUUUGCAGAAAUCCCGUAUCAAGGCCUUCGUGGAGGGAGCAAGUCCAACAAGACGACCCAAGACGAUUCAGGUGAGAAUGUAUAAAUAUACGCCUGCGAGUACUUUCUGAGCGGAAAUAAUAAAAUGCCAUAAAUCGCCAACCGAAUUUGCGAAUUUGCAUUUGAGAGUGUGCUCAGCUAUUGAAAUGCUAGCUGACGGAGUAGAAGUAGCAUGUCCUAUAGACUCAAGUAUGUUAUUGCAUCGUUUCUAGGUCUAUCUUGUGGAAGCGUCGACACAGAAAGCAGUCAGAAAACGAAAGCUUGCCAAGGUAAGGAUUCAGACAUUUACAGAUUUAGUCUUUGUUUGAUCUUCCCAAGCCGCCAGUGAUUACAAAAAGCGUUUCCGAAAUAGAUUUUCCACAAGUCCAACAUUGACCGGAUUUGUCUGAAGUGCGCAGCCUCGCCUUGUCUGAUGGUUUUUUUAUAUUAUGGUACAGUAUAGCUCAAGAAAAGUUGACGAAACUGCAUUAUUAUGCCACUCCGCUUUGACUACUGUGUUAUUUUUGUUUUGCACCUCGCGUCCCUGCCGGUUUUCUCUGUUGUGUACGAAUUGAGCUAGACAUGACAGCCAAAGGACGCCAUUACACCAACUUGCACAAGCGUUUGCAUGCGCCUCGUCUUGCAAAUUGCCUAAUUUUGCCGUCCCGAUCUUUUGGUGAGUCCAAUAUAAGCGUGUCUGAGCAAGUAUAACAGUGACCGAACACCUAAUCAUUUGCCAAGACGAUAAUUCAUGAAUCUCACUUUGGCAAACACCACGGACAAUAGGCAAUGAAUAUUUAGCAAAAUAUUACGAUAUACACGCUAAACUCUGCGAUAUAGCACUUUUACCUUUAAUUAUAAAGUAUCACAGACAAAGCCCAAGAGGUUUCACUGUGAACAAUGCAAUAGGUAUAUGGCAAAAUAUCACAAUCCCAACCUAACUGAUUUCAAAAGCUUUUGAGAGCACAACAGCCGCGCGUGCAGAUAGUGUUACAAUGCGCGAAAUAUCUACAUAUGAAUCCUUAGCGUCUGUGAUCAUUGCUAUCACAACGGCCUUUCUCUUAAUACACUGAACAUUUUAUAGACAGUUGUGGUAAGGUGUAGCGAAUGUCCUUGGAAAAGCACAUAGAUUAUUAAUGUCGCCGGUUUAGUACAAAAGUACAAAUAUAUGAAUCAAAAUAAAGGCAAAGUACAAACAUUGCCUAGUUCCCAUUACAGCAAGCUUCGACGAUUAUUUUGGCUAGUUUGCCGUCUGCUUUUCCUAAGUCGUUUCCUCCAAAACCGGUUACCUAAUGAGUAAUGUCUAAGCCCUUAAGAGACAGCGUUCGUCGCCAAAACACGCACUAACCUCACCCCGCUUGAGGAAGACACAAGGAAACCCUAGCCAUGUUUUGGCGAAGAUUUAGUCUGUUUUUCAAACUAAAAUGGAUGUCUUUUGUUGCAGUUUCAACUUGUACGAAACGGGAGCAAGCACGGAAAAGACCUUGGUUAACGUUAGCCUACUGGGAACGUGAACAAAGAGUUGGCAACAUGUACCAUGGAUAUGAAAAUACUAUAAACAUUUACGAAAGCAAAUCUAAAGGUCACAGGCAUGGAUUAUGUUUGAAAGACCUAAACAGAACUUGUGAAAUGAACGAUAAUACGAAAAUUGCAUUCAGAAACAUUGGGGAAGGCAUACAAGUUAGCCUUGAGGAUGGCGAUAUAUGGGUAUACAAUAAGUCCCAAUCGCCAGUGUUUUUAAACGGGGAACUAUUACAAAGACUACAUCAUACAGACACGCCAAGAGUUGAUAAACUCCCGAGUGGUUAUGGUCGAAAGGUAUUCGACUGUAAUGCUAAUGUUUCGACCAGACAAAGUUUGGAUAAGAGACGCGAGGAACAGCAUUGUUUAAGAGUCAGUUUUGUGAAAGGCUUUGGGAGAGGUUAUAAACGACAGACAAUCAUGAACUGUCCAUGUUGGAUUGAAAUGUUUUUCACCCUUCCUGCAUCGUGA